AACUAGUAGGAGUAAAAAUCAUAAAAUUUCUGUGAGAACUUUUUGUUUUUUUUGUUCUUGCUGUCUACUCCCGCAUAUUCUUGCUUGAGGAAAGAAAAAGAAGUUUGUAACCCUAACCCUCCAAAUUCCAAUCCGCAGAAUUUGCUGCAAUUACAAGAGAAAUCGAUCUCUCUCUACCGAUUACAGAUUUCAGAUUUCAGAUUCGUAUAUGCAGCAUCAAUUCAAGAAGAAGCUCGCAUUCGAGGAAAGAAAUUGAAGGAUUUUUUCGGCGAUUCCAAACAAUUGAAGGUAAUCUUGUUGCUGCUCAAUGGCUGACACUAUUCAAAUCAGUCAAAACUUGAUAUCUCAGCUUGUAGAUGGCAAUGGGAAGUCAAAGAAGAAACCAAAGAAAAGUAAGCCAAAGGUACCUAAGGAGUCUCAGCAGUCACAAAAGAAGGUACCUCAGAAGCAGCUUCCUGAGGAGCCUAAAGCUCAAAUAGAUUCUCCUUCAGCUGGAUGGCCCCUACAACCCCCAUUCUUCUUGCCAGUGCCUUCAUCCUCAAAUCCAGAGCUCGAAGCUAUCCGAGCUGUUUUGAAGGAGAGUGAAACUGUCUUAGAAAAAAUCCAGAAGCAUGAGGAGAACAUGCUGAAAGAAGUCACACAGAGAUCAAAGAAACUACACGAGAAAGAAUUCAAACUUCCUCAGCAGAAAACUAUUGUUUGUCUGUCUGAGAGAGACGCUUGUUCAGCAUGUUACAAGGAACACACCAAAGACUCACUCAAGUGCGCUGGGCUGGUCCAAAGUUAUCAAGACUGUGUUCGGAGAGCAAAAAACCUUGUUAAAACACUUGGGUAGUUGAUUCUUUUGGGUGGACAUCCGCAUUUCGAGUUUGAAGUGCAUGUUAACCAUGAGUUGAACUGAAUGUGGUUAUCUGCAAUGCAGAAAUAAGUGAUCUUUCUUGUACUUAAUUUUGAAUACUUGGACUUGAUUCGACAUUUUACCCCACGGAAUUGUAAAACUGUUUCCCCUGGGUAGGAUCAGCUAUCAAUGGCCUAACAUAGAGAACUGGCCGGGUGAACCGUCUUUUUUGAGAGAUAACUGAUACAUCUUUCCAUUGGUAAUGCUGAGUUUUGCAAGUUCUAAGAGGGAAUAGAAACUGACUUCUGCCAGUGACCUUAACUUUUCCCUUGUGAACGUGCAUGUUAUUUUUUGUUCCCUUACUUCAUGAAGAAAUUUUGCUGUAACUAUCA